GAUACAGUUGCAAAUGUCGAAAUGGAUGGGCAGGCUUGAAUUGUGAGGAGGAUAUUGAUGAAUGCAGUUCUAAUCCCUGUGUCCAUGGCAUCUGCAUCCAGAAGGAACCCAGCUUGGGUUACACCUGUUUUUGCAAACCUGGAUUUGUGGGACGAAGCUGUGAGCUUAAUUACAAUGAUUGCCUAAUACAGACCUGCUCUGCUGGGUUUCUUUGCAAUGAUGGAAUAAACAAUAUCACCUGUUUACCUGCUAUACCCAAAAGCAACAAAACUAUCAUUGAAAUGGUUGGAGUGCCCCCUACUGAGGUUUUAGACAGUGACCUUACUCCAACAGCUUCUGUUUCUACUGGGAUUUGGUCUAAACAUGCUACUUCUGAUUUCCAUACAGCACAGAUAUCCCAAGAUUUCAACUAUGCUCAAUAUCAUGGAGACUCUUAUCUGGAAUUUCAAGGCUUGCAGUUGAAACCUCAAAACAAUAUCCAUUUAGAAUUUCAGACCUAUAGCUGCCAAGGUCUCCUUCUGUUCAUUGCACAGAGCCCAGAAACAAUGGGACAUUUCUUUAUUCAACUCUUCAUCAAACAUGGCACAUUACAGUACCAAUUUGUAUGUGAUGGGGCAGCAGAAAUUAGAAGCAUCAAUACUACUAUUAGAGUGGAUGAUGGACAAAAGUAUAGAGUGCACAUUAGGCAAGACAUGAUACCAUGUGAUGCUGAACUGUCAGUCCUGGGGACUUCUACAAAGAUAAGCAUGCCUACCAAUCUCUGGUCCAGUUCAGUUUGGCUUAAGACAGGCCCUGUAUUUAUAGGUGGUUUACCUCAUCGCUAUGCAACAAAACAGGUGCCUGAACCUGUCUACAAUUUCACUGGCUGUAUACAAGUUCUCAAAAUCAAUAAUCUGGGACCUUUCACCUUUUCUAAUGCUGUGGGAAGAAACAAUAUUGACAGCUGCAGGUAA